AUGCGAAUCCACAACCCUUGCUAUGCCUCCCCUUCUGGCGUAAGCUUCGGUAUUUACUCCAGCGAAGCCAUUAAGGCGAUAAGCGUCAAGGAAAUAAGCAACCCGAGAACGUUCGAUGACCUGCAGCAUCCGGUGAUGGGAGGAUUGUAUGAUUCGGCUUUGGGACCUCUGAACUCAUCUGAACAAUGCUCGACUUGUACCUUGACGGAAAUUUACUGCCCGGGUCAUUUUGGACACAUAUCACUGCCAUUGCCGGUGUACAAUCCAUUGCUUUUCGACGUUCUUUUUCAAGUAUGCGUUUGUUGA